AUGACAGCAGGAACUGUUGUAAUCACUGGUGGAAUCCUAGCAACAGCGAUUUUACUGUGCAUCAUAGCUGUUCUAUGCUACUGUAGGCUACAGUAUUAUUGCUGUAAGAAAGAUGAAUCUGAUGAAGAGGAGGAGGAGGAAGAGGAGGAGGAGGAGGAGGAGGAGGCUGACCUUCCCCCACACUCCCACUACGUCAUGUGCAAUGCCUGCAACUCCCACAUCAUGGAUGGGCAGGGCAACCCCCCCUUCCCGCCCCCCGAGGUCCACAAGCAGGGGCUGCGGAACUACUGCCCCACCUGCACCCCCUAUGGCUCCCCCUUUUACAUACGGACCGCUGACACGCUGGUGCGGAAUGGCGGCGGGAGGGUCCCGUACACCCCCAUGUGCUGCACCGAGAUGGGGCUCCCCAUCAAAGUGGCAGCCCUCCAGAGCUACCCGGUGACCCACCACUGCGUCUUGCACGAUGCCUGCCUGAAGCCGAGGGCCUUCAGUACCGAGGUGUGA